AUGUGGAGUUCUUUAGAACUAAGCAGACCUUUACUAAAGGCAUUGAGUGAUUUGAAUUUUGUAGAGCCAACACUAAUUCAAAAGGAGGUGAUCCCGUUAGCAUUAUCGGGAAGAGAUAUUAUGGCUGAGGCAGAAACAGGAAGUGGAAAGACAGCAGCAUUUUUACUGCCAGCAUUGGAGAGAUUAUUGAGGUCUCCUUAUAUUCGUAAUUCAAAAGUAUCGUCAUUAGGAAGAGUUGGCGGAGGUGUUGGUACAAAGGUACUGGUGUUAUUACCGAGCCGCGAAUUAGCAAUGCAGUGUUUUGGAGUAUUAGAAUCUUUAGUGAAGUAUUGUCCAAUGAUAACAAGGACAGUAAUAACCGGUGGUAUGAAUAUUCAGCAGCAAGAAAGGAUAUUAAAAUGCCAACCACAUAUUGUUAUAGCAACUCCUGGUAGAAUUUUGGAUAUGUUAUUAAAUACAUUAAGUAUACAAUUAGAGUUAUUGGAAAUAAUUAUAUUUGAUGAAGCUGAUAGAUUACUGGAUAUGGGAUUUCGUCAAGAAUGUUUGGAGAUCCUUCGAUAUUCAUCUAGGACUAAACAGAUAAUGUUAUUUUCAGCAACAUUAAGUAGAGGAGUAUCAGAUUUAGCUUUGUUGGCUUUAAAUAAACCAUGUAAGAUAUCCACAGUAGGUCUCAAAUCAGGAAUCAAGUCAGUAGGCAAUUCAGGGGAAUCCGAGUUAUUGUCAAUUACAGGUUUAUCAUCCACAUUACAACAAGAGUUUGUUGAGAUAACUAGAGAAGAAGAGAGAGAAGGAGUUUUGUUUUAUAUUUUAACUAAAAUAUUUACAAAGAGAGUUAUAGUUUUUUUCCAAACAAAGAAAGAAGCUCAUAGAUGUGCAAUCUUAGGUAAUAUCUUUGGAUUGUCAUCAACUGAGUUGCAUGGAUUCUUACCACAGGAAAAACGUUUGGAGAAUUUUAAUAAGUUUAAGUCUGGGGAAGUUGACAUAUUAUUUGCUAGUGAGUUAGCAGCAAGGGGAUUGGAUGUACAAGACGUUUCUGCAGUAAUUAAUUUCACAAUACCAUUAGAAGCUUCCAGAUAUAUACAUAGAGUUGGAAGAACUGCAAGGAUUGGAUCUAAAGGUAAUUGCAUUACAAUAUAUACUCAAAGCGAGAGAAGUCAGUUAAAGGCUUUAAUGAAACAGGUACUUAGGUCAGGUAAAUCAUCUACAGGAAAAGGGGAUACAAAGGAGAAUGUUUCUUCAAUAAUGAAGAAAAGAACUUUUGCUACUAAUAACAUAAAUGAAUGGGUGGAAAAGAUAUCAAAUUCUGAAAAGCAGGUAAAAAAUGCAAUCAAGGCGGAUAUCACGGAAAAAGAACUUAGAAUUGCUGAAAUGCAAGUUAACAAAGCACAAAACAUAGUUUUGCAUAAAAAGGAAAUUCAAUCUAGGCCAAGGAAAAAGUGGAUACUAACCAAGAAAGAAAAGAUUACAACUAGAGAAUCUGCAAAAAAAGAUUUAUUAAAAUCAUGCUCAUCUCUUAUUGGCCAACAUUCCGCUUUUAACCAAGUUAAGAAUACUCUUAAAAACGAUCUAAAGUCCACCAUUAAAACAGCUAAUAAAAAUAAAAAAAAGUAA